AUGGAUUUAGAGAGAAGAGCAUGGUUGAGGGGAAUAUGGGAAACAUUAAAGGAAAUUCUUCUUCAGAAAAUAUUAACAUAUCAUCUUCGUUCUUCUCCUCUUGUUCUUCCAAGCCAUUUGGAGGGUCUCAAUGUUAUUGUCACAGGAGCCACUAGUGGUAUUGGUCUCCACACAGCCAGAGAACUUGCGAUGGCCGGAGCCCAUGUUGUGAUGGCUUGUAGAAACGUAAAUGCAGCUAACGAAAUUGCUCAGCAAUGGAGACAAGAUGCGUAUCAUGGAAGAGCCUUGAAUGUUAAGGUGAUGGAACUGGAUUUGCUCUCUCUUAGCUCUGUCCGGCAAUUUGCAGUGGAGUGGGAUCAACAUUUAAAGUCUCUCCAUAUUCUAAUCAAUAAUGCUGGAAUCUUGCGUAUGGGAGAGAGACAAGAAUGUUCAAAAGAUGGAGUUGAGCAGCAUUUGCAAGUGAAUCAUGUAGCACCGGCGUUACUCACGCUCUUGCUCCUACCUUCUAUGCUCAAAGCCACUACUUGGCGUGUUGUCAAUGUCAACUCUGUGACACAUCAUUGGGGGAUGGUGGAAUUGAGAUCUUGGAAGAGCAGAAUCGAAGAACAUAAAUAUAGUGGAUUGAAGGCGUAUGGAUCGAGCAAACUAGUGCAUCUCAUGUUUCUCAAGGCCCUAGCUAGCAAUCUUUUAGACCAAGGUUGUAACUCAGUUCAAUGUGUCGCAGUUCAUCCCGGGGUUGUUACAACAAACUUGGUUCCUGGCGUCCAGAAAAAAACAUUUUGGAGGUUUGAACCAUCUGAAGGGGCAAGAAGUGUGCUCUACUGCGCUACAAGUAAUCAGGUGGUAGACAAAAUGGUUAAGGGUUUUGCAUACUACUCUAGCAACUGCAAGCCGGCGAAAGUGUCACCCCAAGCUGCAAAAAUGGAGGCUUGUCUGGACGUGUGGGAGGCGACAUUGAGUACUUUAGAUUUGGACAUUAAUUAUCUCAGAUUCAAGUUAAACCCAUCGUGUAUUAGGGAUUAA